AUGCUUAGUGUAGAGUCGGGUAUUCAAGAUGGCAAAGGAGUUAGCACUGGGACGACGCUUUUUGCAUGUGAGUAUGAUGGUGGAGUUGUCAUAGGAGCUGAUUCCAGGACCUCUUCUGGUACGUAUGUUGUAAAUCGUGUGACAGAUAAACUCACGCAACUUACAAAAAGUAUAUACUGUUGCCGAUCUGGGUCUGCUGCAGAUACACAAACAAUCGCAGACAUGGUUAGAUACAAACUGGACUUUCAUCGCUUAGAAAUGGAUAGAGAACCAACUGUUUUAGAAGCUGCUAUGUCCUGUCGUCACUUCUGCUACAACUACAGAGAUGAUUUGACUGCAGGUAUUAUAGUUGCAGGCUGGGACAGCGAGUUAGGUGGCCAGAUUUAUUCCAUUCCACUUGGAGGUAUGCUCGUAAGGCAGCCUACCGUUAUUGGUGGUUCUGGUAGCACGUAUAUUUACGGGUACUUUGAUCACAAAUUUCGUAAGGGGAUGACGAAAGAAGAAUGUGCUGAUUUUGUUCUUCAAGGUGUUGCUCUUGCUAUAAAUAGAGAUGGUUCCAGUGGUGGAUGUAUACGUUUAGCCAUUAUUUCUAAAGAUGGUGUUGA